AUGAUAGAAUUCUUGAGGAGAAUUAAUCAGUCUGCAAAAAAGGAAUCAGUGAACCGACAGAGAACGGGUCACCUGCUUAUGAUUAACGAGAGGAUGAGGAGAGAAAGGGAGAAGCAGCAUUACUUAGCCUUGCGUUCCAUGUUGUCAACUGGCACCAGGAUUGACAAGAACUCGACUGUUCAAAUGGCGGCGAUGAGAAUCCGGGAGCUGGAAUCGAAGCUGGGAAAGGAUACUAAUGAGAACAAGAUUGGAAUAAGAGUAACUAAUCCAAUAUCUGGGAUUGAUUAUAUGGUCGAGGCUCUUAAAUCCUUGAAAAAGACGGGUUCAAGAAUCAGAAAUAUUCAAUCAGAAUUUUCUGAUCAAAACUGA